GUUAGGUUCAGAUGGAAUUUUUACAAGUCUUACAAAUGGCUCUCAAAAUUGGGGUACUGCGCUUACAGUUCUUGCUACAAUCGAAACAGUAUCUAAAGAACGACUUUGUCAGACCAUUGACAUAUUAUUAGCUAUGCAAAACUCUGAUAGUGGAUUUGGGAGUUAUGAACGUAUUAGAGAAUGUACAUCUAUUAUUCUAAAUGCUUUACAUGCUUUCCAAAAACGGUAUCCGGAUUAUAGGACUACUGAAAUAGAACAAGUUUCCAAAAAAGCAAUUCAAUACCUACACAAUUCUCAAUAUUAUCAUGGUGGUUGGUAUGGAUCUUGGGGCAUUCGUUUCACUUUUGCUACUAUAUUUGUUAUACAAUGGUUGAAAAAUUAA